AUUACCAAUAAUGUAAACUCUGCAUUGAUAUAUCAAACAAUUUCAAGAACCAGUGCUAUGACGUCGUUUUGUAUUAAUUGGACGACGCGUAGCGACGGUUAGCGUCCAAUGUCAAUCGGUUCACAGGUUUUCAAGCGUCGUCCACCGUCAGUUGUAACGCGUUGCACGUGUUAUGAACACUGCACGUUCGUUCGUUAUUAAACACGUACAUUAAUUAUCGGCCGUCUUGAAUACAUAUAUUUUACUUUCGUGUAACAAUAAUGAUAAAAGUUAUAAUCGUAUGUUCUAGUUUUUACUUAAAGAAAGGGAAGCUAACGACAUCGUAAUUUCUAUGGUAAAACUAUAAUUAUGGUAACACGUCCAGGAAAUUUGUACAAAACCCCUCCAACAUCGCGGGGGACCAGUCCCGCAAGAAAUUCAGGUAGAAGUACAAAGGCUAGUCCUGUUCAAUCUCCAAGCAGAAUAGCUCGAAGUCCUGUGCGGACUACACCAACAAAGUUGCAGGAUAGCCCAAAUCACCAAAGGAAACUAACUCCCAAAAAAAAUUCAACAAAAUCGAGAGGCAAUAGUCCCGCGAAAUUCCGGGAAGAUUUACCUAAGUCUAGAGGAAGCGAUUGUGGUAGUAUAGAACGACUCGACGACGAUAACAAUCUACAAAGAAUAAUUACCAGUUACAAUCAAACAGAAGAUAAUAUUAAUGUAGUUGUCAGGGUCAGACCCCUAAGCAAUCGGGAAAAGAAAUCAGGGGACACGUCUGUGAUACAAUUUCCAGGAAAUGGCCAAGUUUUAGUGGAUGGAAUACCAGGAGGACCUAGUGGUGGACAAAAACCAAAACUUUUUUCUUAUAACGUAGUUUUUGAACCUGCUGCAACGCAGGACGAUGUGUUGGAGUUUUCUGGCAUGAAAAGGUUAAUCGAAAUGGCUUUGGAAGGGUUUAGAUGCACGUGUUUUUGUUAUGGACAAACGGGAAGUGGAAAAACACACACUCUAACAGGUCCCCCUGGUUUAUUUGGAAUACGACCUGCACCCUUUAGCGAAAAACAUGGUCUUAUUCUUAGAUCUUUCCUUUAUUUGUUUCAACUUAUCCAGGAAAAAACUGAUGUUCAUUUCAUUCUUAAAGCAAGUUACUUAGAGAUAUACAACGAAAAGGUUAUAGAUCUAUUGAAUCCUGGAAGUGCAAGGAAACCUCUUGCAGUACGGUGGAGUAAAAAAGCUAGAGGUUUUUUUGUUGAAAACCUUUUCACUGUCGAUUGUGAAGAAUUGGACGAUUUAAUAGCAGUUUUAGAAGAGGGAUUACGAAAUCGAGCCAUUGGAAAACACAAUAUGAAUGAAUUUUCGAGUCGAAGUCAUACAAUUCUUACGGUAUAUAUUACGUCUGAAGAACCAGCGGAAGGUGGAGUUUUUCUGUCUAGAUCUGGUAAAAUUAAUUUUGUGGAUUUGGCAGGAAGUGAAAUGACUAAAAAGACACAAAGUGAAGGCAAAACUUUAGAGGAAGCAAAUAAUAUUAAUAAAAGUCUCAUGGUUCUUGGGUAUUGCAUCUCAUCGUUAAGUGACACUAAACGGAAGAGUUCGCAUAUACCAUACAGAGACUCAAAGUUAACGAAGUUAUUAGCAGAUUCAUUAGCGGGAAAUGGAGUGACACUCAUGAUCGCCUGUAUAUCUCCGGCCAGAUCUAACAUUAGCGAAACCUUAAACACCUUGCGCUAUGCCGCCCGAGCGAAAAAAAUUAGAACGAAACCAGUCGUGUUGAUGGAUCCUAGAGAGGCUUUAAUACUCAGUCUCAAAAGAGAAGUGACUGUACUACAAAGCGAAAACGAACAUUUACGUUCGGCUUUAAACGUUUAUUCAGGGUCAACUACAGGAGAUUUACCAACAGAAAGAAGACUUAUUAUAACUCCACCGCACGUUGACCUAGAACAGUUAGCAAAACUAGAAGGUCCACAACUAGCAGAACUUGUCCGUUUAUAUAUGACUGAAAAUGAAGCGUUGCGCCGUGAAAAUUCUGAAUUAUUUUCAUCAAGAGAAAUGCUUCAGAGAGAUCAUGAAGUUGUUUGCCGAGAAAACGAAAGGUUGUUAAAGAAAUUAGAAGAGGUUAAUUCAGUUUGCUGCAGUUCACCACUAAUCCCAGCCAGGCCUGCAUUUUCUGCAGAAAUCCUCAAUAGCCUAGACUCAGAAUUAGGUACUACUUGGUCAAAUUCAGAUUUCGAAAAAAGUUCAAAAUCACCUUUGCCUAUACCCGAAUCUAUUCAGAAAGAAUUAGACAAAAGGCAAAUUAGGACAGAUAUUCACACUCCCAGACGAGGACAUCGCAGAAAUAAGUCGCUUGAAGAAAAACCGAACGACCCAAAAAUAGUUCGUGUAAAAAGUUCAGAUUCUGACAGUGCUCCAAUGCAAACAAAUCAUAUGAGUCCCACUAUAGAACAACAAGAAUUAACAAACAGACGUUUUUCUGUGGCAAAACCAUCUGCUGAGGGAAAUUCUUCACAACUGUCAGAAAAUGGUGAUUCAGUUAAGCGUGUAAAAAAAUUAGAGAAGAAUUCACAUAUUUUUGGAAGUAUAAUUUCUCUAACAGAUGAAGAGGAUAUUUAAAAUAAAUAUAGUAUAUUUUAGUAGGAAAAUUUUCAGGUUUGUUUUUUCUAUAGAUUAAAUAUGUAUAAUACAUACUGUUUAUGUAGGAUUAUUUUAAAAACACUUUGUACCUUAAAGUUUAUUAGCAGUAGCCUCAAUAACUACAGGGAAAAAUUGAAUUGAAUAAUUAUGUUUA